AAAAUGACUGACCACUGAAUUAAACUGACGGAGUGUGGCAGUAGACAACACUCUAGUGGCUGUUAUGAAGUUCUAUCACAGAAAUCCUAUUAUUUAGGAAAAAAAUGGCUUUUCAAUACAUGUGCACUACAGUGUGCUAAAGAUAAUUUGCAAUAGAGUUGGAAUCAUCUUAAGCACUGCCUUCUGCAUAUCUUUUAACCUUUAUAUCUUCACACAAGUAAACAACAAUGAGAACAACACCUGUAGUUUGUGAUUUUAGAAACUCCAAUGGGUUACACAAACACAUUUUGCUCGUGUAUUCCAGUGACUUCCCCGUGUUUUUUUUAUGGUAAUGUUAAUGUUCCUUAUAUAUGCAGAAUUUUAAAUAACACUGUUUUAAGACUGAAUUGUUUCAUGCUAUUACAUCCCUUUCCAAAAUGUAACAAUCAUGACUGUAUUUUAAUUGAAUGCCUGCUUGAUGUUAAAAGAAACUCCCUCCCUAGAAUAGCAUGUGAAGAAUUUUCAGUACUUCAUGUCCAAUAGGACAUGGUGGAUUCUUGGAUUAGGCAUGAUUUAGAACCACUGAUAUUUCUGAGUAACAAAAUGAAAAAAAAAUAAAAAUAAAUCGAGCUGGUCCAAGUUCAGCAUUUGUCUGGAAUGUUCAGGUCUGAUUUAUCUAAUGUGUUCCAUGCAGAACCAACCCAGCCUAUAAAUAAGACUGACAUGUUUUAGAGAUGAAAGAACAUAUAGUAUGGGGAAAACAAAAGGGAAGUGUUGUGAAAUGAAGACAAAUAUUACUGGAAGCGUGUUAUUGGUGAAUACCCUAACAGUGUGGCUGUUGCUACUGCAUCUGGUCUGCUCAACCAUAGCAGCUCCUGGGCAGCUUUUCGAAACUGAUCCAUGCGGACCAGAGGCUGCAGCUCUCAAGACUAACAUAAGGAAACUGGAGAAUAAAUUGCUGAUCACAACUUGGAUGACUGAGCAUCUGCAAAUGUAUAGAUACUUCAGACCGCUUGAGUUUGCUGAAUCCGACAGUAAACCUCAGACUGGCCUCGUCCCCGAUGUAAACCAAAACAACAACACCUUGGACAACAAAAUGAUGAAACUAAUUCCUCCAGCUGGAAAUUUGAUUGUCUAUGACAGAGACUGCUCCGAUCUUUACGAUAGGCUGAGAUCACAAAGCGGCUUUUACCGCAUCAGACCCAAGUUACACCAGGAGCCGUUUUUAGUCUACUGUGAUAUGGAGGACGGAGGAGGAUGGACGGUGUUUCAGAGGCGUCGGCAUGGAAAAGUUGACUUUAACAGAGACUGGGUGGACUACAGAGAUGGUUUUGGAGAAUUCAAACUGUGGAAUGAUGAGUUUUGGUUGGGGAAUGAGCACAUGAAUGCUCUGCUGUCAGAAGAUAAAAACCUGGUGAAGAUUGAUCUCAUGGACUGGGAUGGAAAGAGAAGUUAUGCAUUUUAUGAGAAUUUCAGGAUCACAGAUGAAGCUGAUAAGUAUCGUCUCCUGUACGGGCAGUACAGUGGGAAAGCUGGUGAUGCUCUGACUGGUGGUGGAGGAAUGGUGGAGCAGUGGUCUUCCUGCCUUAGUGGGAUGCAGUUCAGCACUUUAGAUCAGGAUAAUGACCGCUUCCUUCAGGGAAGCUGUGCCAAAGAGAAUCAGGCUGGUUGGUGGUUCAACAGGUGUCAUGCAGCCAACCUAAAUGGCAAGUUCUAUCGGAGGGGGGAAUACAAGGCUGAGUAUGACAAUGGUGUGGUGUGGGGGACGUGGAAAGGCCUCUGGUACUCUCUUAGACACACCACUAUGAAGGUGCGCCCCCUGGUAUUUUUGGACAUUGCAGGAAGUGGAGCAGGGGACAUUUAAAAAUCACAGACUUCUGUCUAAAAUUAAAGAAAACAAGGUAUUUAAAAAAAACAACUAAUUAUUCUUUGUAUUUUAAUUACUUUCUUUGCUUCAACUUCAAAUUAUAACUAAAAUCAACAGAACAUAUAUAUAUAUAUAUUUUUCCAGUGAGCAUUUCUGAGACUGUAAAAUUGCCAGAUUUUUAAACAAACAGUAUUUUAGCUUCAUUGUUUCACCAGUGUUCCUAUUUAAAGUGCCUUGCAAAAGAGUUCAUGCCCCUCAACGUUUUUCACACUUUAUGUUAAAACGCCAUACUUCGUGUAUUUCAAUGUGAUUUUAUGUGGUGACGACACGAAUUAUAGCAUACUUAGGAAACGGAAGAAAAGGAUAUGUGGUUUUCAAAAAUGUAUUAAUUUGAAAACAUAUGCAUCUUCAGCCCUCUUAACCCCAAUCAAAGUCACUGCGUUAGUUGUUGAACACAAUUGCAGUUUAAUACUGCAUAUGUACUACUACACAAAUUAGAAUAAUAAAUUCCUGCCUGAACAACAGAAAACACCCCAAUUGUUACUGUAAUAAGCAUUGAGACUUCCCAGCAUUGCUGAAACUGUAGAUUUAGAGUUGACAUAAACCAUUUUUUUAUUGCAUCUUGAAAUCUAUCACCAAUCUAGCUGGUGUUUAACCUUUCAGAAGGGUGAAUGUGCUCAUGAUACCAUGGAAAUAUUAAAAGUAAUGCAUUAAAAAUGUUAAAGAGUUA